AUUGCAAAUAGCAACUGGGUUUGUGCAGACAGGUUACAGUCCAGACGUCUUCCAGUUUUUGGAAUAUACAUGACGAUUUUGAUUUUGGACAAUGGCAUUCAACCAGUCUGUAUCUGUCCCAACGGGAGCAAUACGACGACAAGCCUUGGAGACGGUUCUUAAACACCCAUCCGACAUACAACUUGUUAAAAAAGCAGUAGAAGAGUAUAGAGAUAUGUUGGAGAUUGAAAAAUAUUUUUCAGAUAUUGAUCCUAACAGACAUACGUCGCUUUGCAAAAAGUAUGAGCAUCAGUCUGUAUCUAGUUAUAGCAAACUUGGUGAAGAACUAGUAGAUGACAACAAGAACAGUAAACUAAUCAAACAUAUAUGGGGUAUUUACAAGUCUAAAAGACUACCAGAGUGUCAAAAAGCAAUGCUCGAAUUCAGCUUACUGAAAGACAUUUGUACAGCAUAUGAAAAACAGAAAACACAGUACAAAAGAGAAAAUUUGAGUAGCACGUACAGCGGUACUGGAAAUCCUCGUGUAAACACACAGGGUCUUCAGACCACUACAUUUCACCAAACUGCACACACCACUCAAAGUCGUCAUCCUACUGGAGUUCCUGAUAAUGCACCAGUUCAGAUCGAUGGACAAAUAUUUUAUCCAGAAACUAUGUAUAAACAGUUGGAACAUAGAGCAUCAGAACAAUUCAAAGAUAUUGAUUCACUUCAAAAAGAUCUUAAAGACGCAAAUCUGCAAAUGAACGAAUUGAGGAACAGGCUUAGUGGAUUUGCCAGCAAGCAAUUGACGGAGGGUAAUCCUGAUUUUACCGACCUUAGUGACAAAAAUAGGCCGACAAAAAUUGCAGAAAUGUUCCAUAAUAUUUAUGACGAAGAAUGGACCACCGCCUUAGAAGCUUUGACUCAUGUAAAAAAAGGUAGUGAACCAAGAACAGAAGAACAAGCCAUAAAAUUGUUGAUGGAAAUUAUAAAGAGAGGAUAUUUAUUUUGUGACAAUUAUGCAAGAAAACAGGAGGAUAAUUUCAUAACAUUGUGGAACCAAUGCAUUGAAAAGCCAUUUUCAUCGGCAAUGAGUUUAGAAUCUACACCAGGACAAAACACGAAAAAGGUUCCUAAAAUUGUUCUCAGUGAAUUUAAAAAUUCUAGAAAGGUUGAUUGCACUGAGACCAUAAAGAAUGCUAUAAAGGAAUUUAACACAGAGGUGCUGUCAAAGCUAAAUCACAAAGACAACCCAGCGGUUAUAGCAUAUGCCUCCAGAUGCAUUGAAGCAUUGUGGCUUAUGGUUAUUCAGGAUCCGCCAAUGACGAUUGAUUGGCCAAAGGAAAAUUCAAAAUUUGACAGUGGUGUAUAUAAAGAAUAUUGUAGAAAAGGACAAUAUGUGAAGUUACCAGUAUGGCCAGCUGUAUAUCUUUAUAAAAAUGGCCCACUGGUGAAUAAAGGUUACGCAAUGCCUGAGUAGUUAACUGCAAAAACUUUAUUGUAUAUGAUUGUAAAUAUUAUUUAUUAGAGAAGUUUGAUGAAACUACAGUUACUCUUUUACUUAAGAUAUAAUUGUUAUUUCUAUUAUAAACUAUUUUCAUUGAUGGUUGCAUUUUCGGCAUACGGAUAUUUAAGUGCUAACAUAAUAUAUUUCAGAAUAAAUGCAUACCUUAGAAGAACAAUUUAAAUCUGAAUUUAGAAAACAUAAAUGUAGUUUUUGUAAAAUAGAGGGAAGCCAAGUAUAAGGAUAUAUAAUUGUGUGUUGUAAUUACAAGUUCAUUUGCUUUAAAUAAUUGGUUAAUACGCCUAAGUAUAUAAAAGGAAUCCUACAUUUGAUAUUAACAUGCAUGUGCAAAAACAAAAAAAACAGCAUAGACAACAACACUGAAAUGCACAGGGUUCAAUACCACUAAGAUUAUCUGAAAAAUAACUGGCACUCGUAAAAAGACUGUACUGUUUUAUGUUCCGAUAUUUUAUAUGAUGUAAAGAUCAAAUGGCCUUUCAAGAUUACAAGUUGUUUUCUAGUGUUAAUGCUUUUUAUUUCGCAUCAUUGUUACACUGCUUCAGAUAACACUAUGUGACAAUGUGUUAUGUUAAUAUGAUGAAAGUAUUCUCUGUCAUAUUGUUUCAACUGAGAUACGUAAAUAGCAUUUAAAGCACACACCUUGUCUACUGCAUAAAU